CUUUAUCGUUGUCUCUGCUACACUUGCUUCAAAAAAAGUUGUCUUCUUCCAGUAACAUAAAAUACGACAUAACUUAUGGGACGAUCUAAUAUUUUGCAACGAGAGUCCUACGAAAUCCAUAAUUCUUUUUUAUUGUAAUCACUGCUUACUCCGUUGCUUCCGGCUCGCAACCUCGACGUUGCACCCGCGUCGAUCCCUCCGCGAUCGAACGAUCAACGCGAGCGUUUCGUCGAUCAUCCCCCGACCCGCGAUCGCAAGUGGCGAACCAGCUCUCGAAUCCCCGAGCCACCCCCUAUAGAAAUGUUACAGUUAUUCAAUGAAAAACUUUGUAUCAGAAGACAAGUUAAAUGUGAAAGUAGAAAUAAGACUCAAAUGUGCGACCUAUUCAUAAAUUAGAAAAGAGGAGCGCAAAAUGGGUAUAAAUACCCAUGCACUUCAAUAAAAAAAAAAAAAACAAAUAAACCCCGAGACAGCCGAAUCGGUUCACGCCACUGGCGAAAGAGAGAUCCGCGCGCGACUAAAAAUUGAACGUCUCGAAAAUGGUAGAGAAAGACGACCCGGGGCCUUGCGGUGGCUCCUCGGCUACCUCCUUUGUGCCCCAGCGCGGCUACCGCCCCCGCGGGGGGCAAGCAUGCAAGGAGCGAGGGCGAAAACGAAAGAGCGUCGGAGGAGUGGGAAGAGCGUUUCGAAAAGGGUCCCCCUUGGCGUGGGCGAAGAGGGAUGCUCUGAUCCUACGGUUACGAGGGCGGUCCCAUCGGGGCCCAGGUGGAAGGGAUCGUGGAAGAGAGGGAGCGGAUCCGCGGGACAGUUCGAGGCGAGGGGAGGGCGGUCGAGUACUCUCCCAGGAGCUCAGGAAGCCGCGUUGUCGAAGGAUUUGUGAAUAACCGCGCUGCUAUUCGGCGACUCGGGUCGGACAAGGACGCAAGAGAACCGCCAGGAUAAGGAGCGCUUCUUCCUCUACUUUUCGUUCGCUCCUUCUUCCUUUUCCUUCUUCUUGCUCCCGUUCCUCCUCCGCUCGCGCGGUCUCCGCGAGCCGCGCCACUCUUCUGCUCCUCGACGCUACCACCACCACCACCACCACCACCAUCGGCUGUUCAAGGAAGGAAGAUCCUGGAGCGUUUCUGGUUGAAUCGAGAGAGGCCUCACACGGACGUAACGACGGAAACUGGUGGGCAUCGGUGAGUCGGUUCGGUAGGGAGGUGUCUCCCGGUCCUCCAACCAGAAGAAGCGAGACGACGACGACGAAGGAGACCUUUGGCGGUUACACACCGCGUCCUACCGUCUUCUGGUGUGCCUACCUAUUCGGGCUACCAGCGAACCGAGCAGGCAAACGGAGCUUCAGUCGACGCCGCGCACCCAAACGGUCCAGACCUGUCAGCCCGGAAGACAGCAUCCCUCGAGACGCAUCCCUCGAUUUCACGAACGAGUUCGCACACGUCUUAUCGCUCAGACCGCGCGAUUAACCACGGACACGAUUUUCGGUUCGACGAGUUACGAGAAAUUGCAUCCGCAACGAGACCGGUUUCCACGUUCCGAAGAUCCUUGAAGAUUCAGCGUCAGAGGGAAUUACGGUGCAAGAUUUUUGGCGAACUUCGACCGGUAGAGAGAGGUACGAGCACCUUCUCGCGAGGAGGUACAGCCGGAGUGAUCUCACUCCCAGAAGUUAGCCGGUCGGGACUAGGUUUGCGCGGGAGGUGAAGAGCGAACACGAAGAGAGCCGACACGAGAAAGAGAGAACGAGUGAGAGCGAGAGACCAGGAGGCAGCUCUCACGGCGAGACAGAGAAAAAGAGAGUGCAGAAGGGAAGAGAGACAAAGACGCACAGGUAGGCCUGAAACCAGGUGGAGGGAGUGGACCGCGAGAGAGAAGGUAGAGGGAAAGGAGACAGAGAGUCGACCAAGAGAAGGAGCGGUGGGAAUUUAUAAGGAUGUUCGCGAUAAUGCCGAUGGAGACAGAGGGGCACGGCAGGGAGUUCGGCCGCCGGCAGAAGAUGCGCGCCAAGUGCACGGUAGAGUUCGUCUGCAAGUACUGCCAGCGGCGCUUCACGAAGCCCUACAACCUCAUGAUCCACGAGCGCAGCCAUAAGGACGACGUGACCUUCACUUGCGAGGUCUGCGGAAAGUCCUUCAAGCGGCAGGACAAUCUCAAGCAGCACAGGUACCAUUUUUCUCUCUUUCUUUUUUUCUUACCAUUAGUUUUUUUUUUAUUUAUUAUUUUUUUGUUGUCGCAUCGCGAAAUAUCUCCUCGAACUCGCGAGAUUUUUUUUUUUGCCGUCUCUUCCGAUUUCCGGGACCGCGAAUCCGUCGUCGAUCCGCGCCCUGGACAGACAUCGAUCGCGGUGAUCCGCUCCUCUUCCUCGCCGUUUGAUUCUUCGGUCGAAUCGUGGACUCUGUUCUUCAACGGUUAUCGGGACGCGCAGAUGUAGUUCAAUCCCCUUCAGGGAUAGCGCGUGUUUAAUUUCUAAAUUAUUUUAAAUAUCGCGAAGUAACCGCUAAAAGUACGAGUACGUUUGAUCUCCACUCGUGAAGAUUUUUGCGUUACGGUCUAGCUUUGCUUGUUUCUAGCUUCGUUUUUUGUUGCUCGCGUUCGUUCCGUCGAAAGUGGUCAUUCUUUUUUUUUUUUUUUUCGAAAUUCGAGGACUCCAAUUCGUCGACUCGAAGCGAGGAUCGCGAAUUCGCGCGAGUACGAAAGGUCACUCGUCGCUGCUCCGCGUCCGACAGGUUUGACGAGGCUGCGACUCCUCGACGGUUCGAUACACGGCGGCGAGCUUCGGUGUGAUCGACGGGAAUCGAUUGUCAAUGUCUGGGGUCGUUCGCGGAAUCGAUUUCGGAGCCGGGCCUGGCCUCCGUGCUCGUUACGGCCCGUUCGAGGAAUGAUGAAUGCUCCAAGAGGCGUCUGUGCUCGGUUCGCGUUCCGUCGCAACUGUUCUCCAACGUGUCGUGGAAUCUACACGAAUGCUCGACGAUAAAUCGACAGUUUUUAUCCCUCUGGCAGGCUAGCCGCGACCAAUGAUAUUAAAUAAUAUCGAUACAAUCGAAAAGGAAACAAGAAAUUUAAAGUACAACGCGUCUGACAGCUGUGAAACAGUGGUGAUACAGUGCUUCGCGAAUCCUUCGCGCAAGAUUAU